AUGGCAGACAAUUUCAUCAUCGAUCCUGCGCUCUUCGCCCUGGAUACCCAUGAUGGCUCUGCACAGAACACGGAUGGUAACGCAGCCACUGAGUUUGAGGACACACCGAUGGCAGACGAUUUCAUCAUCGAUCCUGCGCUUUUCGCCCUGAAUACCCAUGAUGGCUCUGCACAGAACACGGAUGGUAACGCAGCCACUGAGUUAGAGGCCACACCCUUUGAUGCCGCACCUGUUGUUCCCAACUCUAGCAGCUCAAAUACAGAUCCCGCCACAGCAACUGCCACUGGUAGUGCAAUAGAUACUGUAACUGAGACUGCAACUGAGACUGCGCAAACCAAACCAACCACUUUCGAAGACGAAGACGAAGCCAUCCUGAAAUACAUCCAGUCUGCCCUGGGAGACGAUGAUGGCACAACUGAUGACUUCUUUGAGCAUAGUGCUUACCUUGGACCUAUCUUUGGUGAAGCCCAAGCAGCUGACAGACAACCGCACAAGUACACGUACCCGGAACCUGCAGAGUCAGCCAAUGCUUUGUCCCCUGCACCGGUGAACCCAGAGUACACAUACACGUACCCUGAACCUGCAGAAUCAGCCAAUACUUUGUCCUCUGCACCGGGAAACCCAGAGUACGCGUACACAAACGGUUCUGGGUAUGACAACGACAACGCGGACGAUCUGUCUGGACAGACACAAGGAUACACGUAUCCUGUUCCUGGAGGUGGUUACAACUCACCAUUGCCAACUUCUCCUGGUCCUGCGUCGCUUGGUCCUGCUUCUUCUGGUGCUGUCUCGCCAGGUCAUGACACUGCCCCUGCCGCUGCUGCCCCUCCCUCUCGUCGCCGAGGCCGGGCAAAGAAAGCCGCAACUUCUAGGUCUGUCGCCUCUGGGUCUGUCGCUUCUGGUUCUGUCGCUUCUGGUUCUGUCGCCUCUGGUCCUGUCACCUCUGGUUCUGUCGCUGCUGGUUCUGUCGCUGCUGGUUCUGUCGCUGUCGCCGCAGCUGCCCCUCCCUCUCGUCGCCGAGGCCGGGCAAGCAAUGCCGCAACUUCUGGUUCUGUCUCCUCCCGGUCUGCGUCUCCUGCUGCCAAGACCACCACUCGUCGCCGCGGCCGGGCCAAGAAAACUGAGACUUCUGCUCCUGUCUCUGCCGGUUCUGUCUCUGCGGCCCCGCCCGCCCCCACCGCCUCCGCCGCCCCUGCCGUUCCUGUCGCUCCUGCCGCUCCUGCGUCGUCUUCUUUGGGGCUCCGGCGACGGCUCCCCAGCAUCCUGGACCACCCUGACCCAUGGGCGUGUCCAAUCUGUUUCCACUGUUGCUGCGUGCCGUCAUCCGUCAAGACACACCUCCUGGACAAGCAUCCGGAGCUGGGGCUCACCAAGAAGAGCCUGGAGGAGGACCCGCAGUUUGCGGAGGUGCAGCCCCUCUCCUUCUACAGGAACAAGGGGCUCGACGUCACCUAUCAUGGAAAUGAUAGGAAGCAAGUAAACGCCCGCCGUCGAAUGGACGCGGGCAUGAAGACCAACGACGCCGGGUACUUGGACAAUGUGUACAAGCAGACCCCCUACGAGAGGAAGGCGGCGAGGCAGCCGCAGCCGUAG